AUGAGGCUAAGAAGCCACACUAAAAAAGUUCUUGAAUCUGAAAAUGAUCAAAGAAAAGAACAACCUUCUAGCGACGCAUAUGAAAUUAAUGAGUCAGAGGAAGAGCAGCAAAUUGAUUUAGAAGACCAAAAAUUAGAUGUAAAAGAUAUAAAUGGAGACGAACAAGACGAACAUAUGGAUAACGUCCAGUGGGGUUCCAGCUUCCAGUCCAACAAUACUUCCGGAUUGGUUUACUUAUCACGAAUUCCACCAUUUAUGAAGCCGGCAAAGAUUAAGCAUUUGUUGAGUCAAUUUGGCGAUGUAGGAAGAGUUUAUCUUGCACCUGAAGAUUCCAAAAUAAAAGCUCGACGAAUAAAAUAUAAAAAAAAUAGAAAACAAAAUUACACUGAGGGAUGGGUUGAAUUCAUGGAUAAAAAAGUCGCAAAAAAAGUUGCAAAAGCUUUGAACGCUCAACCAAUUGGAGGAAAUAAACGUGAUGUUUACCAUGAUGAUUUAUGGAAUAUCAAAUAUUUACCAAAAUUCAAAUGGAAUAAUUUAACCGAGCAAAUAGUUUACGAAAAUAAAGAGAGAACGCAUCGUCUUCAAGCCGAAAUUUCUAAAUCUCGAAGAGAAAUCAAAGAUUACAUAAAAAAAGUAGAGAAAUCAAAAUUGAUACGAAAUAUUGAGCAGAAAAAAGCAAAGCGUAUGGCUGUAGAAAAUGAAUCACUUUCCUAA